AUGGCGACGUGGGAGGCUGAAGCGCCGCUUCGGGUGGAAGAGAGCGUACGAGACAAGAGCGAGUCCGGUUCGGCGCCGACGAAAAGGAACCGAGAGCGAGCGGGAGACGAAAACAGACGCCGCACCGAGUUGAAGACAGCAAAAAAACGGGCGAAAAAAGGCAGGGAGAGCAAAAAGCGCAGGUCGAGGAAGCGGGAGAAGCAGAAGCAAAAGAAGCAAGAAGCAAGAAAGCGAUGGGGGAAGAAGGCAGAGAUGCGUCUGGACGCGGAAGACUCGCACAGCAGGCAUGGAAGUGGUCCAGUUGGUUUUCUGGAACCCCCCCAGUCCAAAGUCCGCUAUCCGCGACUCACUCCAGGCACUUUCUUCGGGGCUCCCCAGCUCGCUGUGGGCCGGUGGGGACAGGCCGCUUGCAGGGCCCAGGGCUGGCACUGGCUGGUGGCCGCAAUACUUUGCGCAGCACGCGCGCGGCCGCGGAGGGCGAGGUACCCCAACCAGAACCUUCAAGUUAGCGCUCCGUACCUUCAAUUAGUCCGUGCUAGUGCUAGCAACUGCUAG